AUGGGAGCCCGCUCCAAAGCCCUCAGCUACAUAUACAAGCUUGUAGUCACUACCGAGUCUUGCCAGCUUACACGUCGGCUAAGACGUAAGUCACUGUCGUUUACUACAUGUCCAUCCACACGAGGCCUGUGCGGCACAAUCAAAGAUGUAGGUUUUCGAGCUGCAAUACGGAUUACAAUCGCGGCCCUCAGCGGGGUGGGCGUGUUCCGAUAA